AUGGCUAGUUUGUUUUUAUUGACUUUGGCUACUGUAGAAAAAGCAAAGUCCGGUCAAGGAUUUAACAACUGUUUAACUUAUGCAAAAAAUGAUAGUGCUUCUUAUGAUUUAUUAUUAAAAUUUCCUUUCAAUAGUUUUAGUAGUUCGGAUAGUUCAGUAAUAUAUCUUUGCUGUAAUGUCGCAAAAUGUUUAGCGUGUUCGGCUAAUGAUACUUAUAGUUUUCAUUGCCGAAAUUUUUUAGAAAGAAUUCAGUGUGGGGUGAGGGAAAGUUUUUUGACUCCUUGUGGAGGAAUUAUUGGAGAUAAGCAAAUUACAGCUAAUAUCAGUAUUGGUCUUAAUGAGGAUAUUAUUGGGAAGUUUAACUUUUGUAAAUUUUAUAAUUCUUCUGAUAUAAUUAAUUAUAUUUCCAAUGUUGCUCCAUUUGGUAUAGAGGAAGGUUAUGCUUCUUAUCCUUGUCCCUCACAAGUUACUUGUUCAGUUGACAAAAAUCCUCUUUUGGCUACCGUUAGUAGUUCCAGUUUAAUUAGUUCCCCCACUUCUUCUCAGUUAACUCCUAAUCCUGUUAAUGACCUAAAUUUAACUAAAAUAUUUGUUCCAGUCGGAGGAGUGACAUUUGGAGUUAUUGUUAUUGGUGGGACAAUUUAUGUAACAAUUAGCAAGAGAAUUCUAGGUAAAAUUCUUGAUGUUGACAUUAGCGACUUGGACUUGGAGAAAAUAAAUACUAAAAUAAACGAAUUGGAUCAACACCGUAAUGUCGGAAAAAACUUCCUAAAAAAGGUAGUUUGGAAUUAUUCGAAUGCCCAAAAGAUUUACAAUGAAUUGGUCGAGCGAAAAAACCAACUAACAACUGCUUAUGACAAUUUAACAACUGCUUAUGACAAUGCUAAUAUUGACUUAGCUGCAACCGACUUAACUAUUCAGUUAGUAACAAAGGCUUUAGAGCAUUUACAGCCUUUUUAUGAUGCUGCCCAAAAUCAAGAUAAUAGCCCUAACAAAAUUGCUUGA